UCUCUAUUUCUGCGUCGUUCUCACCGGCGAGCAGAGCCGGCGGAGCCCGUCCGUCCACUAUGUCUGUCCUUCCUCCUCCCUCCGCCGCCAAAUUUCGCCGCUCUCCUCCCUCCGCCACCUCCUCCUCCGUCGCCCCCGCUGCCUCCACUACCGGCGCCCCCUCUGCCUCCGCUUCUCAUAUCUCGAUCCCUCUAAUUAAUGUUAGCUCGCGUAGCAUUCAAAGAAGAUUCGCCAUGGCGGCGGCCGGGAAAGGCCCCAUCGAACCCCAUCUCCCCUUCUCCUCUCUCUCCCUCGACGCCUCCGCCUCCACCGAUUCCGCUUCCCUCACCGCCUCUGUCGCGUCGCCGCCCUCCAUUUCGCUCACUCGGUGGAAUCUCGACCGCCGGCACAUCUUUGUGCUGAACUGCACUGCUUGCGUGGCUGCAAUUUCGGCGUCAUGGCUGUUCUUUUCUGCGAUCCCAGCCCUUUUGGCUUUCAAGAGGGCUGCGGAGUCAGUCGAGAAGCUGUUGGACGUCACGGCAGAAGAGCUCCCGGAUACCAUGGCUGCUGUUAGACUCUCAGGCAUGGAGAUCAGUGAUUUAACCAUGGAGCUCAGUGACCUGGGGCAGGAGAUAGCGCAGGGCGUCAGAAGCUCUACCCGAGCGAUUCGGAUAGCUGAAGAUAGAUUGCGGCGUCUCACUACUAUGGUUCCAAUGGUGCGGGUGCAGGGCAAGACCGCCCAGAAGGAUGAGACUGAGGAACCAGUGGUAGCUAGAGCAGCAAGGAACCUGCGGGAGGGGAUUACAAAAGGGCGUGCAAUUUCUGGGGUAAUUUUUAGUGUCAUGCAAAUAUCUUGGAGGGCUUUCAACUUUUUGGCUGCACUUGGACGAAGGCGAACUGUCUGACAGCAAGUGGUGAUCUUAUUUGAAAUAUUUCAGCUGUUGGGAAUAGAAGCAUUUAGUCUGAUCAGACAUGACUGCCAUAUGCUUGUAGUGAGUUGCUUGAAAUAUGUCUUGAUCAUAUAAGCCCUUUUUGUUCUAAAUGGGUUUUUCUCCAUGCACAACUUCAUUGUGAAUUUCUGUUAUGAGUAAGGUGUUAUCUUAGAAAUACCUUGAAUAAUAAUCUCUGCAAUUUAUUGAACUUUUAUAGAAAGAUUUUCUCU